AUUUUUUCUACGAAUCACAGCUCCUUCCAAGUCGUGUUUGGAGCAAAUGUAUGUCGAUCUGAUGAGUUUAUUCCGAGUUCUGUUAUAUAAAAAGAGUAGAAUUACAGUGUAAUUUAAAAUUUUUCAUUUUCAUCUUCGUCUUCAUCUUCACUUUUUCUUAUAUUUCAGCCUAAAAAGUUGUUUUCUUCUAAGCAGUAUUUUGAGGUUUUUAUCUUUAUCCUUAUCAUUGAAAAAAUCAAUAUAUUCUUCAACACACAACCAAUUUUAAUUUACAUUUCAUAAUGACUUUAGAAGAAAUCGUUCCAUCUACCCCAGAGUCUCAAUUUGGUUUCGCAACCAAAGCCAUUCACGUUGGUUCAGCUCAUGAUCCUCACUCUGGUGCUGUUAUUUCUCCAAUUUCUCUUUCUACAACUUUUGCUCAAUCUUCUCCUGCAAAUCCAAUUGGCGUUUAUGAAUACUCCCGAUCCCAAAAUCCAAACAGAGAAGCCUUUGAAAAAGUUAUUGCCUCUUUAGAAAAUGGUAAAUAUGCUUUAGCCUUCUCGUCUGGUAGUGCAGCCACUGCUAAUAUUUUACAAAGCUUAGCCCAAGGGUCCCAUGUCAUUAGUGUUGGUGAUGUUUAUGGUGGUACUCACAGAUAUUUCACUAAAGUCGCAAACACUCAUGGAAUUAAAACAGAUUUCACCAAUGAUAUUAUCACUGAUUUGCCAAACUUAAUUCAAGACAACACUAAAUUAGUUUGGGUCGAAACCCCAUCAAACCCAACUCUAUCAAUCACUGAUAUUUCAAAGGUCUCCCAGCUUUUGAAAUCCAUAAACCCAAAUAUAUUCUUGGUUGUUGAUAACACCUUUUUAUCUCCAUACAUUCAAAAUCCUUUAAACCAUGGUGCUGAUAUCGUUGUCCACUCUGUUACCAAAUACAUUAACGGUCAUUCUGAUGUAGUGAUGGGUGUCUUAGCAACAAACUCCCAAAUAUUAUACGAAAGAUUACUUUUCUUACAAAAUGCCAUUGGUGCCAUUCCAUCUCCUUUUGAUUCAUGGUUGGCUCACAGAGGUGUUAAAACUUUACAUUUAAGAGCCUCCAGGGCCUCUUCUAACGCUUUAGCCAUUGCCAGUUUAUUACAAAAUCAUUCAAAUGUUUUAGCCGUUAAUUAUCCAGGCUUAAAGACUCAUAAAAAUUACAAAGUUGUUCAAAAACAACACAGAGAUGCCUUAGGUGGUGGUAUGAUCUCUUUCAGAAUCAAAGGUGGAGCCAAAGGUGCUGCUAAAUUUGUUUCCUCUACUAAAAUCUUCACUUUAGCUGAAUCCCUCGGUGGUAUUGAAUCUCUAUUAGAAGUUCCAGCUGUGAUGACUCAUGCUGGUAUUCCUGUCGCUGAAAGAGAAAAAGCUGGUGUUUUUGAUGAUUUGAUCAGAUUAAGUGUUGGUGUUGAAGAUGAAAAUGAUUUAUUACAAGAUAUUAAACAAGCUUUGGAGCUUUCCCAAUUAAAAUAGAUUGGAAUUUAUUGACUGACUGAUUUAAUUUACAUUUUAUUUUAUCCUGUUUAUCUUUUUAUCUUUUUAUAUUUCUCAUUUUUCCUUUCUUUUCUUUUGUUUUUUUUUCGUUUAUCUCACUAUUUACCUUGGUUUUUAAUCAUGAUCAUAAUUCUUUAUAAUAUAAUAUAAACUCUCCAUUUUUAUUUCUCCCUGUUUGUGUUCAUUUUUUUUUUUUUGCUUAUA